GCCGGCGGGAGGCUCAGCGCGGCGGUGGGUGCGGGGCCCCCACCCGCUAUCAUGCGCCCGGCCUUGGCCGUAGGGCUGGUCUUCAGCGGGUGCUGCAGCAACGUGGUUUUCCUGGAGCUCCUGGCCAGGAUCAGAGCCUGAGAUGAUAACCUAAAAAGAAGAGAGGUGUCUGGCAGCAAAGCAUCACGCCUGGUAUCAGAAAGAGAUCUAUAUGAAUCCAGUUAGCAAACCAGAGUUGUGAGUUCCAUGUUUUGAAACUUCACCUGAGAACACAGCAGAGAGUUUCCAGGAUGCGGGAACAUCGUGACAUUUGCACAGUUCUUAUUUAUAGCAGUGGAAGGCUUUAUCUUUGAAGCCAACUUUGGAAGGAAGCGGCCAGCCAUCCCAAUAAGAUACUACCUGAUCAUGGUGGCCAUGUUCUUCACAGUCAGCGUAGUGAAUAACUACGCCCUGAAUCUAAACAUAGCCAUGCCGCUGCACAUGAUCUUCAGAUCAGGCUCUCUGAUAGCGAGCAUGGUUCUAGGUGUCAUCAUUUUGAAAAAAAGAUACAGUGUGUCGAAAUACACAUCCAUAGCCCUGGUGUCCGUGGGGAUCUUUAUCUGCACUUUAAUGUCUGCAAAACAAGUGGCGUCUAAAUCCAGCUUAAGCGAAGAGGACGGACUCCACGUCUUCAUGUGGUGGCUGUUAGGCAUCGCGGCACUGACCUUCGCCCUGCUUAUGUCAGCCAGAAUGGGGAUCUUUCAAGAGACCAUCUACAAACAGUUUGGAAAGCAUUCCAAGGAGGCACUGUUUUACAAUCAUGCCCUGCCCCUCCCUGGCUUCCUCCUCCUCGCUCCGAACAUCUACACCCAUGCUGUUCUCUUCAGCCAGUCUGAGCCAUUCCAAGUCCCGGGGAUCGGGCUGACCUUGCCGAUCAUGUGGUUUUACCUCGUCAUGAACGUCAUCACUCAAUACGUGUGCAUUCGGGGAGUCUUCACCCUCACCACGGAGUGCACCUCCCUGACCGUCACCCUGGUGGUGACGCUGCGCAAGUUCGUCAGCCUCAUCUUCUCCAUCCUGUACUUCCAGAACCCCUUCACCGCCUGGCACUGGCUGGGCACCCUCUUCGUCUUCGUGGGCACGCUGAUGUACACCGAGGUGUGGAACAGCCUGGGGCCUCUGCUGGCCAGGCACAGGACGGAGGCCAAGAAGGAGUAAAGGACUGUCUCCGCAAGGACCGUUUUUCAUGGUUUUACAGGGCAGAGCCCCAGUUUCUGUGCGAGAGAGGAGCUGCUGGCUGUGCCAAGCUGGUGGGGAGCGUGUAGCCUCCGCUGGGGAAGAGAACGAGUUUAGCGUUCGGCUCGCAGCCCCUUUCGUUUUAAAAUGGCCCUUUUUAAAAUUUUUAAUACUGUAAAGGUAACAGGCCCGGCACUGGCUCCCUGCCUGUGGUGCUGUCGGCCCAUCCUCCCUCCCCGCCGGUCUGAUUUAACCCUUUGGCUGCCGUCCAUGACCAUUCUCAUUACUGUCCUCGCAGCCUGGUGCGCUCGAGCGGCACGGCAAGGGCUUGCGCCCUGACCCGCCCGGUGGUGCUACUGCCCAGCGCGGCAUUGUAAAGUUCAGUCACAAAGCGUGGAUGCCGAGCCCUGGCUCCUGGGCAGCUGCAGCUACCGACUCUUCCCAAGUCCCCUGAUCCCUCUGUGAAAUCCUCCUGCCGUUCCUGGCUCGUGGCUGGGAAUGAUGCGUUCUGCGCCGCCGCAGAGCCUGCAGCGAAACACUCCAUUUGUGAGAGCGCGUUGUGGGCUCUUCGGUGAGCCUAGACUUGUGAGAGAGGCUUUUAAAAGGUCGAUCACACUGGUGUCCUCGUCUCUUGCUUCAUUGAGACACUGAAGUAUGUAAGAUCAGGGCUUGACUCAGUUUCUCUUUGUAGGUCACCUUUUAAAGCGCAGGUGACAAAUGGCACCAGAGGACUCCAUCCUUGUCAGCUGCCCAGUUCCCAGGUUACUUUUCCCCUCCUAAUUGCUAGUGUAGUAAAGCCAGCCCGGAGCCAAAGAACCCAGCUGGACCAGACAGGUUCUGCAGGCCAAAUUAGACACCCGGUGACUCCUAGCAACCCCAGAGUCCAGUGGGUUUGUCGAGAUGAGACUGAUUAGAAUUUAGACUAUUCUACUGGAGCACAAGAUGCAAUAGCCAAGAGUGAGUGAGCUGGAGGCUGUCGGCUCUGCCUGGCUCAGAGUAGAGGCUUUGUUUGUGUUACUGAACGCAGCCAGGGAACAGAUCUCUCCAAUCAGAAGGUGCCUCUUUCACAUUCCCUUUGCAGAGGAGAACAACCCUGUUGAGUGAUGUGCCCAGUGAAAUUACAGGUGUUUCCCCCGAAAGGCUCAGAGGAAGUCAACCACAUUGAAGGCCUUUGCAUGGUUGACUAUCCCCUAAAUCCCAUGCUGAAGUUACUGCUCAGGUCUAACAUGGCGCUUUCCCUAUGGUCUCCACUCUUUACCCCUGUGCUGCUGCUGCUGCUUGAGCCUCUGAAUCAACCAGCUGUGGCGCUCCUGUGACAUCAGGUCCAUAAAGAUGGCUUCCCCUUAACAUCCUGCCAGAUGACAUUGCAAGAUCUAGCAGCCAACCUUUCCGAUCCUCACUUCGAUUUGGGUGUGCCAGUUCUACCCACCUGUGUUAGGAUUUAUACAUCCAGGCCCCGAGUGAGGGUUUGGCUACAAGCGCACAGACCUGUUCUGUGCAUUGUGGUAGACCUGGCCAGCAGUGUUCAGGAAUGAGCUUACACAGGGCUUGGAGCAAUAGAGAAUUAAUAGUGGCAGGUCUGUGUUGUCCUUUCUAGGUGCAAGGAGGAAAGAUAAAUGUGCAGUAACAAACCCACAAGUGAGUACCUGCUGGGACUCUGCUAAUGGGUGAAAGGGAAGAGGCAUAAACCGAUCUGAAUACAAAGCCAAGAUGUUCCUGUAUUAGAUUACAUGUACUGCCCUCAAGCAGCUAGCCCAGCAUCUGACUAGAAUAAGACGUGAUAGCGGAAGAGCGAAAGCCAUCAGAAGUAGCUCUGAUGGUGGCAGCCUUCAGCGGUCUCAGCAGAGAACAAGGACUGAAUUAGCCACCAUGAUGACCUUUAGCAGAGGUCACAGCUGGUGCCUUGUGGGAGAGCUUGCAAUGUCACUUCCUGGAACUGUUCCAUAGCCAGAUUAGCUCCCCAUUUUCAGCUGUCUUGACUUUGAGCAGCUGGUCAAACUAAUUUACAGCUUCCUUGGCUAUUUAAAGUGUCCGCUCAUAACACAGACUAAAUGAAAGGAGCAUAAUCAGCCAGCCUGUCCUUUUCAUGCUCCAUUGUUCCUAACGCUCUUUAAGUUUGACAACAAGACUUUGUUCCAUUGACUGCACCUCUAAUUUGUCAGAGAACCGCUCACAAGCAAACACCCCUAUGUUACAAUCAGUGUUCAAGUGGACGGGAAGGGAUUCAUUGCCUUUGAAGUUCCCUGUUCCUUGUAACUGAAGCUGUCCAUAGCAGGAUGGAGUUGGCAUCUACUGGCUCAGAGCAAUAUUUCUGAGGAGCAAAACUUCCUGCCUUCGGAGUGCCCCAAACGACACAUGGUUUUCCAAGUAUUUUCUCAGGCAGGGGGAGAAUAAGGUUACUAGACUGUCUGGACAGUCCCUCCCUCCCACAACUAACUUGGUUUAAACCCUGCUUCAGCUCAUCAGCUGGUAUGUACAUACCCCGGGAAAGACCAGCCCAGAAGUAAGAUUUCCAUCUUGAGCUUCAUCAUGGGGGGGGGGAAGCAUUUUACCCAGACUCAGAGCAGGGAGUGUGCGCAGCACAAGUAGAAUUCAGUGUUAGAGCAGCCGUAAAGCUUGUAGAUCAAAGAGUGAAAAUAUGGCCUGGGGCUGAGACCUGGAGUCAGAUUCAGCACUGGCCUCCACUCCACGUGAAACCAGUUUACACUAGCUGUGAAUGUGGCUCACGUAGUUUGGGUUCACUGUUGCUAGCCAAACGGUAGCUUGGCAAGUGUAAAAGUGAAUGUAACGUCGUAUUUGAACAUAGGCUGCUCUCAUUUAUCAGCUAUACUGUACGUGGUCUCUUGUUUCAUGUGAUGCUGUUAUUUUUGCCAUGUUCCGUAUUUGGAUUUUAUUUGAAUGAAAUCGACAUGAUGUUUUUACGUAUAUCUCUGUUUACAAGACAGUCUAGGUGUCGCAGCGUAGUUCUCACCAGACACCGGUAGUGGUGGCUUCCCUCCUGUAUUCUAGUAUCUCUAAGUGAUAGUCUCUAUAAACUCAUGAGAGGCAGAGGGGAAGGAAAAUGCUGAGACAACCUGGACUAUCCAGAGACACCCUGUCAGUGUUCUCACGGUAGGGGUGGUGGACUUGUUUUUAAAAUGUACACUUGAAUGACCGACGGUGAUUUAGCGCAUAUGCAAAUAGACACUUGAAAAGGCCCAACCCCGAAGAUCUGAAAUGCUUUCUGAAUGGAAGUAGAGAUUUAGGUUUGGGGUUUUUCUUUGGUUAAAUAAAUCUGCUCCUGACCCUUA